CAAAUUGUCCACGUCCUCACUUUCCCCGGAAAGAGCCUCCUCCAGGUGUGGGGAGGAGAGGGAGCGUCCAGGUAAAGCGGUCUGUACCGUCACACGGAUAAAGGUGUAACACACCGCGCAGCUGUAAGGAGCUUUCGCUUUUUUCUUUUACAGCUUUAAUAAUGAUUUUGACACAAGAAUCCAUUCUGUCUUUGCUGGUAGCGGAGGGUGGAAGAGUGAAGAAAUCCGACCUGGUUGAUAAGUUCAGAGAGUCGGUGGACACCGCGGAUCCCGAAGAAAGAGAACGGAAUAGGGAGCUUUUCAAGACUUUUGUCAACAAUGUAGCGUUUGUGAAAGAAAUCGACGGCGAACGGUAUGUUGUCCUGCGGAAAACCUAUCAGCAUUUGUUGGAAGGUCCAAAGAUCCAUGUGGAAAAGCCUGAAAAUGAAAAGAUCCCGCUGACAGGUGAGCAGCAGCGCCCACCUGCGCAGGCUGGAAGCUCUGAGGAUCAGGGAGGUGUACAAUCAGCUGUUACUGAAGCUGAUCAGGAAGAGGCAAGUGAAAGUAGUGACCAUCCCACAGAACUGCUUUCUCCCAUACAGAUGGCACUGCAAAGGAGUAAAUUUGCAAGUGUACGACUUAAAAGGUCGCUGAAUGUUGAUGUCCAGCUGGAGGAUAGAAAGGGAAUUAACUGCUCAAAUGUGCCUGUAAAGACCAAGCCAUAUGCCUUGCCUCUGAGGAUGCCCCCCAGCGCCACUAAAGUGGAGAUCCACAAACUUAAGCCUGACCCAGAUGAACCCGAAGAACAUCCAAAAACGGAUGCUUUCAGGGACAAGAGAAACAAACUUAAGCCUGACCCAGAUGAACCCGAAGAACACCCAAAAACAGAUGCUUUCAGGGACAAAAGAAACAAACUUAAGCCUGACCCAGAUGAACCCAAAGAACACCCAAAAACAGAUGCUUCCAGGGGCAAGAGAAACAAACUUAAGCCUGACCCAGAUGAACCCGAAGAACACCCAAAAACGGAUGCUUUCAGGGACAAGAGAAGGAUGCCUUCGGCGGAGAGCAGCACCGGCUCACCCCAACUAAGGAGGGCAGCGAAGAGCACCAAGGCAUCAGAGGAGCACAAAGACACCAGGAUUCCCUCUAUGUUUCCCCUGGAGCACUCAGAGCAUCAGUGGCUCGUCAAUUGUGCCGCCGGCCACUGGAGCCAGGCUUACGGCCUGCUGCUCAGAGACAACCAGCUGGCCGAGAAGAAGGACUUCACGUCAGGGUUCACUGCUCUGCACUGGGCAGCCAAAACUGGGAACAGCGACAUGCUUGUGAAGAUUAUCGAAAAAGCCAGGCAAGGAGGGGUUCACGUUGACAUCAAUGCAAAAACACACGGGGGAUACACUCCUUUGCACAUUGCUGCAUUGCAUGACAAGCAAUAUAUCAUUGGCAUACUGGUGAAGGAGUACGAAGCCAACAUAAGCAUCAGGGACAACUAUGGCAAGAAGGCCUACCACUAUCUCCACAAAGACGUUUCUGAGUCUGUGAGAGAGAUGCUUUGUAAGCCCAAACCCCAGCCGGCAGAGGACAGGGCCCUGCAUGAGAAAGAGGAGCUGGAUUUGUUCCCGGAUCUCUCCAAGGGCCUGCAUUCAAUAAGCCGCCUCUUUCAACCAAACGUGACAGGCCACAAAAAGAAGCACAAGCAGCGGCCGGGCCUGUACUCCCUGAACAACGACCCCAUCGAAGAGGGAGAAGACAGCGGCACCGGCUUCAGGCACAGGCCCAUGUCAGAUGUUUUUAUGUGAAAGCAAAGCUCUUCCCUGACGGAAAACACACCAAUGACCUUAAAAGGAUUUGGUUAAUGCUCUCUUUUUUUAUUUUUAGCCUACUUUCUGCAGUUAUUAUUGGAGAUAAUGAUACAAAAAACAUGUGGAGGGAUUCUAUAGAAACACAAUUUAAGUGGUUAAGAUCAAAGAGAAAAGAUUUAAAAAACCUCGAGGUCAGCAGAUGCUGUGUGUGACGUUACCUGCAUGAGGUGAAUGUCAGACAAUGGUGGCUCCUGUGAGUCGUCUUAUUACUCACACAAGUGUGGGCUUUUGUAGGUGUGGCCCCUUUAGUCUGUCUGUUUUCAAUUGAACUGAGCUUUAAAGUUGUACAGAGAAUUUUCUACUGAGUCAUUUCAAUUAAGACCAAAGAGAGGAAUCUGCGUGUUCAGCAAACUGGUAAUAAGGACUAAUGUAUAAUAUCACAGCAUUACAGUCACAGGAGUUAGCACGUGGAACAAUUGUACAGACAAAGUGGAAAAAAAUAGUACAUCACUACAUAACUUCACAGACCAGCUGAAAAACAACAAACUGAAUGAAUAUAGGAAGUGUUCCUCUCGGUGAUUGAGUUGUUUCAUUGUGUUCUUAUGAAGCCUUGUCUUCAUUUUUGUUGUUUAAGGUGAGA